AUGCUAACAAUCCACCACCUCGAACGAUCCCAAUCCGAACGCAUAAUCUGGCUCUGCGAAGAACUCCACCUCCCCUACGAACUGAAAGUCUAUAAACGAUCUCCCCUCCUCGCUCCUCCUGAGCUGCAAGCACUACACCCCUCCCGCUCAGCCCCCAUAAUCCAAGACGGCCCCGUCACUCUCUCCGAAUCGGGGGCAAUAUUCGAAUACAUCCUUACGAAACACAACCCGACGCACGCCCUCACCCUACCACCCACUCACCCUUCCUACGCAAACUACCUCUACUUCCUACACUUCGCCAACGGGACUUUUCAGCCGGCGUUACUUCGGUAUGGCCUCGUCAUUAAGAACAACUUACAUUUACAGGAAGAAGGAGGAGGAAGGUUCAGUGCGCAGCUAGCGAUAAGGGGUUUCGAGCGCGCGUUGAGGAUUCUGGAUGAGAGGGUAAGGGGGAAUACGUGGUUAGCGGGGGAGGAGUUCACGGCUGCGGAUGUGAUGAUGGGGUUUAGUUUGACGACUAUGAGGGGGUGGGUGGAGUUUGGGUUGGAGGGGUGGGAGGGGAUUAAGGGGUAUUUGGGACGGGUGGGGGAGAGGGAGGGGUUUAGGAGGAUGAGAAUAUACACCGCAUCAGGAGAGUUAUGA